AUGGAAGAGCAAGAUUCAACUGAGCCUGGAUCAGGAAGAGUUCCUGAUGCCAGCACGGCAGGAAACAGUAGGGAAUUCUGGGAGAGAUGUGUAAAGAAGAACCUGGGUGGGGACUUCAGGGGGCCGGAAUUGCAGCGCCAGCACUUCAGGCAGUUCCUCUACUGGGAAGCUGAAGGACCCCGCGAGGUUUGCAGCCUACUCCAUGGUCUUUGUCGUCGGUGGCUGAAGCCAGAGAGGAACACCAAGAAGCAAAUGCUGGACAUGGUGAUCCUGGAGCAGUUUCUGGCCAUCCUGCCCCUGGAGAUGGAGAGCUGGGUGCAGGAGCUGUCAGAAGUGGCUGCUGCUUUCCCCAAGGUAAACAGAACUGGAAGGGACACCCAACUGAGCCCUGUUCUCGAGGGAAUUGCCCGGGAGGCUUCUUCAGUGGAUGAGGGAAUAACUCCAAUGAUUUAUUCUGGACCUUCUCUUCUUUGCAGUGGAAUGGAAGGAGCUUCUGUGCAGCCAGAUCAGGAUGUGGUGACCUUUGAGGACGUGGCUGUGGAUUUCUCAGAGGAGGAGUGGGCUCUGCUGGAUCCAGGCCAAAGAGCUCUGUACCAGGAAGUCACAGAGGAGAACUGCAGGAAUCUGGCCUCUCUGGCAAGCGAUUGGCAAAGCAGAGAGAAUUCCAAGGAACAGUACAUGGUUUCAUUGCCUAGAAACGAGCAUUCAGUGUGGGAAGAGGCCCUUGCUGGAAAUCAUCUUGUCAGCCCAAGGAAGGAGGAACACCAGGUUAAGGAGAAACCAUAUAAAUGUCUGGAGUGUGGAAAGUGCUUUUCCGUGAAAUCAAGCCACAAGAGACAUCAAGAUGUUCAUAUCACAGACAAACCGCAUAAAUGUUCAGAGUGUGGAAAGAGCUUUAGAAAGAAGGACCAACUUACUUCCCAUCAAAGAGUGCACACAGGAGAGAAACCACAUAAAUGUUUAGACUGUGGAAAAAGCUACAGUCGGAAGAUAAGCCUUACUUUUCACAGAAGUAUUCACACAGGGGAGAAACCAUAUGAGUGCUCCGAGUGUGGAAAAAGCUUUGGUCACAGCAGACAACUUACUUCCCAUGAAAGAAUCCACAAGGGGGAGAAACCAUAUAAAUGCUUGGUGUGUGGAAAGUGCUUUACCGCAAGUUCAACCCUUAAUUCCCAUCAAAGAAUCCACACAGGGGAGAGACCAUAUAAAUGCGCUGAAUGUGGCAAAAGCUUUAAUCGGAAGGGAAACUUUGUGUGUCAUCAGACAGUCCACACUGGGGAGAAACCAUAUAAAUGCUCCGAGUGUGGAAAGGGUUUCAGUUACAGCAGAAGACUUAUUACCCAUCAAAGAAUCCAUACAGGGGAGAAACCUUUUAAAUGCUCCGAGUGUGAAAUGGGCUUCAGGAACUACUCGUGCCUUACUUACCAUCAAAGAACCCACACAGGGGAGAAACCAUAUAAGUGCUUGGAGUGUGGAAAAGGCUUCAGUCGGAAUUACUCUCUGGUUUUGCAUAACACAGUCCACACAGGGGAGAAGCUGCACAAAUGCUUCCAGUGUGGCAAGAGCUUCAGCCGCAAACCUGACCUUACCCGGCAUCAUGAAGUCCACACAGGCGAGCAACCUUGCUUCCCAUCAAAGGAACCAGAAGAUGGGGAAGCCGUAGAGAUGUUCACUCAGUGGCUGGAGUUUUUGUACUAAACCAGGCCCCAAUUAUACUGCUGUU